CGGCUGGGCAAUCCUAUACUCGGCGAGGAGGACGCACGCCGGCGGACGAGGUUUAUAUCCGCGUCCCGAUUCGGCUUCCGGCGAGUGCGGCGGUCGCCGGAGCUGGAUGGAUGGCCAAUGGGACUGUCGCCUCCGGCGCAGAUUGGUUGCGUCACGACGGGGGGCUGCUGGUCCCUGUGCGCUGGAUUGGGGUUUCGUCGGGAACUAGAUGGACGGUCGCUUGUUUGUCCUCUUGAUUCCAGCAUAUUCGUUGCGUGCAGAGUUCCCUAAUACUUGGAUUAUAAUCGCGGUUAUGGAUGGCUCUUUUGAUUAGGAUUGUCAAAAAGAAUAAGCACGAAAGAUAUGAACCUCUGAGCUCGUCCAGUAUGGGCACCUUGCUAGUAGGGGGGUCCUCCAUUUUGUUAGGUUGCUAGUCGCAGUUUGUGCUUUUAAUGCAUAUUGGUGAAUUAUAAGCAAUAUUUAUGGUUCCAAGUCUUCAACUUACUUCUAUCUGGUUCUUGCUGAAAUACGCCAUCCUUCCUCUCCAUACAACUCUGCAUCAGCAAUUAUCCAAUUCACCAGUCAUAGUUAUAAAACUGGCUAUUUGCAUGACUAAAACUAUACUUUGAGCUUCAGUUUCUGAAUCAAAAAUACCCUAUUCCUAUCUAUUUCCCUGGCUGUAAAUGUGAUUGAUCUUCGUGAAUGAAGUUAUUCACAUGUUUGAAGUUCAAAAGUUCUUUGAUGACUAGGAAUUAGGAUAAUUCAAAACCAAUAAAGUAACGUAUCCUAUUUGCCCCUGAAUUAUUUACUUAACUCCACUCUGUCUAUAUACUUUGAUUUAAUGGAUUCGUGUAUUUAUGGGAGCCAGGUCCUUGCUUAUUACAUGCAUUCCACUGGUGAUACUGUUCCUUGUGCUGAGGAAAAGCAGUGUUUUUUAGGCAACUAGGUAGUGGCGAUCCGAAUGAUUUUGUAUAAUUUAAUGGCAGCCAAUCAUAGAUGGGCAGGGGGUUGCAUAUGUUAUGAUUUUUAAUCUAUUUUUUCUUUGAAUGUUUCAUGCUUGGCCUCCUGUUCUUUUCUGAAUCAUGUUUUAUGGGUUUCAGUUGAAUAGGCUGCUUGGUUGUUGGGAAUAUACUUUUACAGUUGGCUCCAAGCAUGGAAAACCUACCAAAUGGCUCAGCAAAUACUGCUGAGCAUAACCAGGAAAAUGAGAAGUCCAUGGAUGCUAGUGAGCCUGAAGGAGUUCCAGAUGUUUUUGUUUACAGAGAAGAUGUUGUCAGCUUGAAGUCCAAGGAGGAUGCCCGUGGAUUAGUGUUGGAGGUAGCUGGGGAAUAUGAUUCUGAAGGUAGCAUCACUGACGAUGAUGAUACAGAUACUGAGAAGCAUGAACAUAAGGCUGCUCGUGGGGCUGAAAACAGUGGUCCUGAUGGUGAUAAUGCGAGUAAUGGAGCUGAAGUCGACAGCCAGAGUUCUCUGCCUGAUAACAAAGUUCGCGUGUUAUGGAUAGAUGGUAGUGAAAAGACAGAAGAUAUUGACGAUGUAGUUGUAGUUGACAGAAGUUUCCUUCAUGGAGAUUUAGUUGCUUCUGCUUCAGACCCAACUGGUCAGAUGGGACUUGUUGUGGAUGUCAAUCUUGUGGUUGAUUUACAAGUUCCCAAUGGAGAUCUGAUAAAGGGUGUAUCCUCUAAGCAUUUGAGACGAAUCAGGGAAUUCAAUGUGGGUGAUUAUGUUGUCUCUUGUCCAUGGCUUGGUCGAGUUGAUGAAGUGCUAGAUAAUGUUAAUGUGUUGUUUGAUGAUGGCUCUGUCUGCAAGGUGAACAAGGCAGAUCCUAUGCGCCUAAAGACAGUGUCAAGCCCAAUUCACCCGGAUACAGCUUGCCCCUUCUAUCCAGGACAGCGUGUGAAGGCAGUGUCAUCAUCUGUUUUCAAAACAUCAAGGUGGCUUAAUGGAUUGUGGAAAGCAAGUCGUCUUGAAGGUACGGUUACAAAAGUGGAGAGUGUUGCUGUUAUAGUCUACUGGAUUGCAUCUGCACACUUUGCAGAACAGCAAGCUGUUCCUUCGGAGGAGCAGAACCCAAAGGACCUGACUCUUUUGUCUUGUUUUUCAUAUGCAAACUGGCAAUUAACUGACUGGUGCCUUCCCUACCGAUACACUUCAUGUGCUGAUGAUGCUGUAGCUGAAAACUCAGAGACAAAAGAGUUAAACUCAGAUGAGCAUACAGGAAACAAAUGUACAUGCUCAGAGAUCUCAGCUCUACUGUCUGAUAUUCCUGAAUCUCAAGAUGAUUGUAAGACUGAACAAGAUCGAAGGACUGAUACAGAUGCAAAUUGUAGGCAGACAGAUGUUGAUUCUUCCGCUGAUGGAUUGAGCAUGUCAGAUGGGGAUAAUUCUUGUGUAGCCAAAGAAUCCGAAUCAGGAACUAGUGUAUCAGCCAUCCCAAAGGAGAGCUCACAGGACUAUAGAAAAAAGUUUAGGAAAGUGUUUCUUAAAAAAGACAAAAGAACAAAAAGAAGAGAUGAGAGCUUCGAGCGAGCUCUACUCAUAGCAAAUACAUAUACCAAAGUCGAUGUAAUCUGGCAGGAUGGGACAAAGGAAUGUGGAGUAACCUCAACAUCACUGAUUCCUAUCCACAGUCCAAAUGAACAUGAGUUCUUCCCAGAGCAGUAUGUCGUCGACAAGGUCACACAUGAUGUCGAUGAUUCUGCUGAACCGAAGCAUGUGGGUCUUGUUAGAAGUGUUAAUGCCAAGGAUCGAACUGCAUCCGUAUCGUGGUUUAAGCCCUCGCUACACCCAGAGGAGCCUAAGGAGAUUCAGUCUCAUGAAAUUGUGAGUGCAUAUGAACUGGAUAUCCAUCCAGAUUAUGAUUAUUGCUAUGGAGAUGUUGUUGUCCGCUUGCCAUCUGUAUCACCUCUGAUUGAAUCAACCAAUAGUGAGGACAAAAUGGAACUGGAUAAGAAGUUAGAUUCAUCAGAAGGAUUGGCUGCUUCAAAUGUGGCACCCCCUGACGCCAGUGCAGAUGAACAAGUUUUACAGAAGGAAUCCUGUUCGCAAUUUACAAGCCUUUCAUGGGCUGGAAAUAUAGUUGGCUUUCAAGAUGGUGAGAUUGAAGUUAUUUGGGGUGAUGGAUCGACUUCAAAGGUCGGACCUCAUGAAAUAUAUGUUGUUGGUCGUGAUGAUGAUGGUGGCUCACUAGACGAUGGAACUGCCUCUGACGGUGCUAGCUGGGAGACUGUUGAUGACAAUGAAAUAGAUUUACUUGAUGAUUCUGCUAAGGAUGAUUCACAAAAUGUGCAUGAGAAUAGUAUUGAAAGGGAAAACGGUUCAUUCAGUUCCCAGGAUGGUAGUUCUGUUGCAACGGGUCCCCUAUCUGUUGCUUUUGGCUUUAUGACCCGAUUGGCGAGUGAUCUUUUGGCUCGAGGUAGAAGGCAUUUAGAUGGAUCAAACUCAGAUGUUAUGGAUGAAGUUGAGUCUCAUCAGUCUAACGAGGUUUUAGAAACUGGUGAUGACAAUGAUGAGGAGAAUCAUGUCGAAAUGGCCGAGCAUACCACAGAUACAGCAAAUGAUUCUUCUGCUGACAAGACUGUAGAUGUGAUUAUGGCUGAGAGUCCUACAGAUUCGGAAUGCUUCAAACAACACUUCGAUGUUCUGCAAUGUCCUCCAGACCAUCACUACCUUGAAAGCACAGCACAGGGUACGGGUGGAAGAAAAUGGGUCAAAAAAGUACAGCAGGAAUGGGGCAUACUUGAGAAGAACCUACCAGACUACAUUUAUGUCAGGGUAUUUGAAGAUCGCAUGGAUCUCUUAAGAGCUGUGAUUAUUGGAGCAAGUGGAACACCGUACCAAGAUGGCCUGUUUUUCUUUGAUUUCCACAUUCCACCCGAGUACCCGCAAGUUCCUCCGUCAGCAUAUUAUCAUUCUGGUGGUUUGCGUGUAAACCCAAACCUGUACGUGGAUGGGAAGGUUUGCUUAAGCCUCUUAAAUACUUGGACGGGCAGAGGGAACGAAGUGUGGGAUCCAUCAUCAUCAAGUAUUCUCCAAGUACUAGUUUCACUUCAGGGAUUGGUUCUUAAUGAAAAGCCCUAUUUUAAUGAGGCUGGGUAUGAGAAGCAAGUUGGUACUGUUGAAGGGGAGAAGAAUGCAGUGCCCUAUAAUGAGAACACGUACCUGCUGAGCUUGAAAUCCAUGCUAUAUAUCAUGAGGCGACCUCCUAUGCAUUUUGAGGAUUUUGUGAAGAGCCAUUUCCGGAAGCGUGGCCGCUACAUCCUUAAAGCUUGCGAGGCUUAUUUGCAAGGGAAUGUGGUUGGCACGCUCACUGACGAUGCCUGCACCACUGACAGAAGCAAGGAGCACUGUAGCUCUGUUGGCUUCAAGCUUGCAUUAGCAAAGAUUUUACCACGGUUGAUCACAGCCCUGAAGGAAACUGGAGCCGACUGUGACCAAUAUGAGCACCUUGGGAAAACAGAAACUGUUCGAGAAAGCUGAUCUCACGCAUAGUGGCUUCGACUUGGAUCCUUUUUUUUUUUGGGUUUCAGAAAGAUGGUGUCUCUACCACCCACUGGGCCUGUUUCCGUAUAAAUGUACAUUCAACAUUUGUUUCAAUUCGUACAUUUGGAAAAUGUGGUUCCAAAUGAGUUAUUCUGAACGUGGAACUGAGCUACCCUGUACAGUUGAUGUCUUUGUUUAAGCUUGCAGGGUUAUUUCGAAGAUCAGGGUAGCCUUAUGAUGGAAA